AUGAAGGCAAUUCUUGGAAACAAUAAGAUAGAUGAAAAGAGUGAAGGGAGUAAUAAAAAGGAUAUUGUAUGUGAUUUCCAAUUAUUUAAGAAUUGGCUUAACAAGGAGGCAAAGUAAAAUUUAAAUUCAUUUAGAAUAGAGAUGGAGAGAUUAAUAAAAAUUUCGAUACUUCCAUUUUUCAUAAUCAUUAAAAGUAUAAUUACUCUUGA